UUUGACAAGGACAGACGUACAGAUCCAUUUCCACCAUGGCUAAAAUCUCCCCACUUUUAUACCUUUUUCUCCUCUCUAUCUCCACGUCCCUCCAAUUGACUUCCGCCUGCACAUGCACAUUUUUCCAAAGCCCGUCAACAUUAAGAUGUUCAAACUGCACGGAAAUCCCGAGUUAUCACGACCCCAGAUCAAUCACCCAUCUCGACCUCAGUUCCGGUUCCAACACGCUCACCAACGCGCUCACCUCUAACACAUUCAUCAAUAAAGGUUUCUUCACCUUGAAACAUAUUAAUUUGUCCCACACGGAAAUUGGGGACAUCGACAUGGACGCCUUUCUCGGUAUAAAGGAGUUGAGAGAAGUGACCCUUGACCUCUCCUAUAAUUCGAUAUCGUUCCUCCGUAUGACACGUUUCACCAACCCGAAGGUUUUGAACCUACGGGGGAAUCCGAUCGAAAGCUUAGAUUUGGGCUGGCUUGCGACCGAGUUAUCCGAGCUGGAUUUGAGUAAUUGUUCGCUGACCAAAAUUCCACCUGGGGCCCCAUUCAUUAACAGUCAUUUAGCCCGGAUAAACCUGGAUUCUAACAGAUUAACGAGUUUGCCCUGGACAGAAAUACGAAAUAUGAAUUUUUUGAAGGAACUCUCAUUGAAAGAUAACCCGUGGCGGUGUGACUGUCAAAUGUACUUUUUGCGAGAAUAUUUACUCAACAGGAGAGGCCUGGAUAUUUCGAGUGAAGUGGUUUGUGCGUCACCACCGGAAUUGAAGGGAAGGAGACUUUCCUCCAUUCCGAUGGGGGAAUUGUAUUGCCCCCUAGAGAAUAAGGGACUUAUCGGAGACGUGAGUGAGGAUAUGGUUCGACUUCAAUGUUUAACGGAGGGUUUGAAAGAACCGGAAGUCGAGUGGCAUCAGGGCACACUUGGUAGAGAGGAUUUAUUAGUGAGUCAACCUGGCAUAUCCAUUUAUAACGUUCCCUUACCAACUCCCGAGAACUACCGACAACUUCACCGAUUCAGAUGGGAAAGCGUGUUGGAGAUCUCGGCAAACAAUUCGGCUUACGAGGGCCCUUGGCAGUUUUGGUGUACGGCAAAAAAUAUGUAUGGUAUUAGAAGCCGGGAACUUUCCCUUACUCGUCCGACCCCGACUGCUCAGCCGUUACCACGACAACCAGUCUACAUUCGCUCGACGCCCGCACCGAAAGAAAUCGUGACCCAGUAGACGACAGUACCAUCUUCAUCCUCACCAAGUCAACCACCUAUGACAUCAUACGCUAAAAACGGGUCAUUUCUAAAAAUUGCUGAUGAGGAUACGCCGAUCGUGACGUCAACGAUUUUACCGAUAACGGGCCCCAGUACUAGUUUUGAAGACUUUUUUCUGCAGAUCUUCAUACUAGUUUGCACCUUAGGUGUGAUAAUUCUGAUCUUCUUGGUCGUCUUAAUCGUCCUUUCGGUCCGAUUGAGGAGGAAACUCGACCGUGUGUCAACCCGGCAUAUCCAUUUAUAACGUUCCUUUACCACCCUCCGAAACCGGACAACUUUACCGAUACAUUUGGGAAAGUGUGUUGGACAUCUCUGCGAACAAUUCAGCUUACGAGCAUCCUUGGCAUUUUUGGUGUACGGCAAAAAAUCUGCAUGGUACUGCAAGCCAGGAAAUUAUCCUGACUCGUCCGACCCCAACGGCUCAGUCGCUUCCCCCUGGACAACCAGUGUGCCUUCGCUGGACGCCGAUGGAAAUCGUCACUGAGGAGACAACUGUAUCCCCAUUCGCUAAAAAUGGGUCAUACCUAAAAAAUUUUGACCAGAGUCUACAAACGAUUUUACUGAAAAAGACCCCCGCUCCUCCUACUGAUCUGGCAGUGAGGAAGUUCGUGGUGCUACUUUUCACCUUAUUUGUAAUAAGUUUGAUCUUCUUUGUCGUCUUGACCGUCCUUGUGACACGUUUGACGCGGAAACUUGAUCGUCUAGUUGAGAACAUCAGGGAAAUGGUCGUACUGCUCAGGAAUGGAAAUGAUUAAGUUCCCGUGACAACUUAAAGCAAGUAUCCAUGCUACACAGCUCCAAGUAAUAAAUAAGAGCAGAUUGAGAGAAAGUUUCUGUGAAAAUUUGUAUUUUUGUAAGAAG